GAUCUAUCUCCAAAAAAUUGGGAAGGAUAGCGUGAUGUUGCUAUUUGCGGACACAGCUAGUGCUUGCUUGAUGCUGCUCUUUGGGUUCUCGUCCAGCUCACCUCCUCCAGCACAAAAGAUGAGGCAUAGCACCCGCGCCACAAAGCUGUGUGCCUGUACGGGCCAGUCGGGCCAUAGAAAAGCCCCACCAUAGAAGGCACCAAAGAGCCAAAGAUAAACCAUCAAUCAAGCGGCAAGAACAGACAGACAACACAUCAACACAAAAAAAAGAGAAUGAUGAAAUGGGCUAGGUGCUGCAUUGGCCUUGCUCUCGUGCUACCCACUGGUGUGCGAGCUGUUGGUGGUUUCUUCGGAGCUGAAAAUGAUGAUGGGACUCUGCAGACAGGACAAGCCAUGGCCUUUGGAGUGGAAGGCAACGAUGUCACAGUAGUUUAUCAAAUCCGUUAUGGGGGAGGAAACAACUACGGCAGGAACUUUAGCUGGGUGAUUCCUGUCCCAAACAGACCAACCAAUGUGGAUGUGGGAUCUGAUGUCCUCUUCCAACAAUUUCUCAAUGUGACCAAACCAAUCUUUGAAUUGGAGACUAUCAGUGGGGAGAGUGCCGUUUCCCUUGGUGACACCAUCCCUUGCAACAGCCGUGUGGAGUACACUACUGAAUGGUGUGAUGAGGGAGGAGCUCAAGAAUUCGUUAUUUCCUCUACAACACGUAACCCUUUAGAACCACAAACAAUCGGACCAUAUGAAUAUGUCAUACUGGAACCUGGCCAGAACGCUGAUCCCACUCAAGUCCUUCGAUAUUUGAGGAUCAACGGUUACACUCAAUCACGAGGAUCCGACGCACUGUUGAACUUUUAUUCCAAACAAGGAUACGCAUUCAUUGUGCUGAGGCUUAGGGGAUCCAAUGUUGGAUAUAUACAACCACUCAUUGUGACGUAUCCCCAAAAUGAAGAACCAGAAAUGGGUAUUUCCAUAUCCCUUCGCAGUCCAGCGGCAACCAUUCCCUUUCAAAUGGCCAGCAACUCGGUGAAAACAGAUUGGAACUAUCAGCCAAUUCGUGUGUAUGCUCUGGGCUCCGCGCGGGCUGUACCCUUGAAUUUUCUUGAGGUAGAACUGGAUGAUGCACAGGCAGACUGGUUGAAGACUGGUCAAUGCUUUAUCAAGGAAGCAGCCCACACCAUUUCCGGUGUUGAUGACUGCCACUUGUUGGAUUAUUUGGAUAGAUUCAGCGAGGCUACUAUGGAACUGGCAAACCAUUCCUUUGUCACCGAAUAUGCUGGUACCAGCAGCAUCAUGGACAAUAAACUCUUCAUCAAUUUGACAGCAGAAGAAAUUGAAAACACUACUUCGUGGGAAGAUUUUCAGGACUGCUGUCUUCCACGUCUUCCGGAGACAGAGCUGGUGAUUACAACUCUGACAGAGUUUGGAGUUGUCUUCCGUUCCCGAUGUGGAAGUUUGUGUGACCGCUGGGGCUUCGAUGACGAUAGAGAAUGGAAUGCCACUGGUUUGGCGUUGGAAUUAGAUGAAAGGUUCUUUCAGCCUGCCAUCGAAGCCCAAGCCUGGGUUGACAAGUUCCCUUAUCUGACUGCCAUGUUUGCUCGUUUGAGCACUGAGACAUUGUCCAAAGAUGCAUUUUUCACGUUCAACUCCGCACUCCCUCCAGUGGACAAUGUUCACCGAGCAACUGCCUUUGCUCCUUGUGGUAGCAAUGGGACUGUUAUCAUUACAGUGCCAGAUGAUGGCAAUCCAGCUUGUGGUAGUGAAUUGGAAGUGAGUUUACUGUUGAACGCAUUUCAAGCUUUGAAUCCUGACACAUCCAAAGCCAAAAGAGUCACUGCCUGGGGAUUUCAGUGGGACCCCCCAAUCCACGUGUCUAGAUUGCAAGAUGGUACCUUUGACUUUGAUGAGAUUGCGACUGCAAUAUCCUAUGGGGACUCUCUUGUUGUGGAUCAGACCAUCCCUGAAUACAUCGCCCAAGAGCAAGAACUUCUAGAAGAUGCAAUCGAUCCUCUUUCCUCAGAGGUUGAAGAUGCUGUCAUUCUCAAGUCCAAUCUGAAUGAAAACGAUGCCAAGGAGGACUUGGCCCGUGAAUCCACCCCAGUGACCUCCUCAGCUUCUUCCCCCUAUUUUUCUGCGGCCGUUUCUGUUCUUGCUUGGUUGACCCUGUACAUGUAAAAACUACACAUUUCGAUCGAUAUAAAAGCACCGUCUAAAGUCUGGGACGUACCAAUUUGCUGGAUACGGUGCCGCACUAGUAUGCAUUGGUUAGACUAACUGUUUAUUCAAU